AACAAAGGAUUUUUAUGAUCUCAACGAUGUUAGCACAAAACGCAAUAAAUGUAAAAGCCCCGAAACAAAAUUGGACUUGUGGAUUAAAAGACCCCCCAAAACAGCAGAUAAUGAUAAUCAAUGCGCUACUGAACAGAAACAGAAACAUGGUAUGAAAGUAGAUGAUAAUAAAUGUGUAAAACACGAUGACGAUCUAAUAAUAGACGAUGACGAAAUUAUUGAUUCGUUAUCAAGUUUUUCUGCUUCCAAAAAAAUUAUUUCCAACAAAAAUACUUUAGAAUUUAAUCAGUCAAAAUUAAAUCAAUCUAUAUAUUUUAAUAAACAACCGCUUGAAUCUAAUUUAUUUAUGAAUGAAUACAAAUUUGUUGAUGAAAAGAACAUUGAAAAACCUUCAGCCUUUGCUCGAAAUGAUACUAAACCAGAAAAUACAUCAUCUCUAGAAAGUGUCCCAAAACAAAAGAAAGUAAUUCAAAAUUGGAGAUCUCUGUAUGCGUUAAAGGAAGAUGAUUGUGAUUCAGUGGAAAAUGAAAAAUCAAUUCAAACAACAAGAAAUUUGCCCAUAAAAAAUAAUUGGUCUGUUUCAAACAAACAAAGUUCAAAUAAAUCAAUAUCAAAAAAGUCAUGCCCCUUCUAUAAAAGUUUGCCAGGUACAGGUGUAACAGUCGAUGCCUUUAGCUAUGGAAAAAUACAAGGGUAUCAUUAUUGUGGAUUAGGUUCUUCAUGGAAACAUGGACCAAUCUAUUGUUCUUCUGUAACUGGUAAUCUAGUAAUUCAAAAACUUAAAGUAGAUCCAAAAUAUGUUCAUAAAUUACCAAUGAAUGAAAAAAUUCAAAUAGAAGAUUGUAUCGACCUAUCAGUAACAUUGGUUGAUGCAAAUCAUUGUCCUGGAUCGGUGUUAUUUUUAUUUGAAUUUUAUGAUCCUCAGAGUGGUCAAACUAAACGAUAUCUACAUACUGGAGAUUUUCGUGCAUGUCCACGACAAGUUCUUCAUAAUGAGAUCUUGCAAUCCUCAAAGCUUGAAAUAGAUGCAUUAUACCUCGACACAACAUACUUGAGUCCACAAUAUUGUUUUCCAGCUCAAGAACAGGUUGUAGAUGCAGUAAUAAAGUUGAUCGGAAAAACCAUUAAAAAUGGUGGAUUAUUACAAUUCAAACGUGAAUCAUUUAAAAAGUCUAAAGCAAAUAAACAAAAUGAAGGUUCUACUAAGCCGCAAUUGGUAUUAGAUAGAUGGUUUAAAACUGCUACGUCGAAUAGUUCAAACGAGAAAAUUUCUUUUCAAAAUAAAUCUGUUGAAACUCAAAUGAAUCAUAAUAAUAGCAUAAAUAAUAUUGAUUCAAUGGCUACUACACCAGCAAUCGAUGAAAAUACUGAAGUUGAUGGAUAUUCAGAAAUUUAUAACUUUGAUGAAAGUUUAAGUUUGCAAGGCAGUAAAAUUUUAAUAGUGGUGGGCACAUAUUUGAUUGGCAAAGAAAAGAUCUUUUAUGGAGUUGCAAAAGCUUUUAAAUCAAAGAUUUAUGUAACCGAGGAAAAAAGACGUUUAAUUUCAUGUCAAGAAAACCCAAGUUUAGAAGAGCUAUUGACAAAUGAUCCUCUUGAAGCUUCUAUUCAUGUAGCGUCUCUCACAUCACUCAAAUAUGAAAAUUUAAUUUCAUACUUGGAAACGUUCCAUCCGAAAUACCAACAUGUGAUGGCAUUUCGACCAACAGGUUGGGCAUAUAGACCAUCUGAAAGGCAAACAUUUUCAGCAAAUUCGACCUUUCAAGAUAUUUUAAGUAAUCAACCUUUUUACAACAUUGAUUCCAUCAGGCCAACAUAUUCUUCAUUAAAAUGCCAAAUAUUUAGUGUGCCUUAUUCUGAACAUUCAAGUUUUCGUGAACUUGCAGCAUUUAUAAUGUCGUUGAAUGUGAAAAAUGUUAUACCUACAGUAAAUGUUGGAUCUAAACAAAGUAAUGAAAUGGAGCAAUGGAUAAAUAAAUGGCAAGAAGAAAAGAAAUGUAAACAAUUCGAUAUUGUACCAUAUAAGGCAGACGCUCUGCCAACUGAGCCAAGAAGGCAAACCUGA